AUGAAGGCAUCUGUUAUACAAAUUCAUUGGCAUACAGAAGCUGCUUCUAUUUAUUCUGCUCACUUUGAGCCUUGUAACAAAGGAAGACUUGCUACAGCUGGUGGUGAUGGAAAUGUACGGAUAUGGCGUGUUGAACGGUCUCAGGUAACCUCGCAAUUGUCAAACGAAUUGAAUAAAAUGACACAUACGACAUAUUCUCCACGUUUAAUUUAUCUUUCAACUCUUUCAAAACAUACACAAGCUGUAAAUGUUGUUCGGUUUAGUCCUCGAGGUGGAUUAUUAGCAUCAGCUGGUGAUGAUGGUAAUGUGUUGAUCUGGGUUCUUUCAGAUGGAUUUCAUUCGUCAGUAAGUCUUGGAAACGAUGAUUCGAAUGACAAAGAAAUAUGGAAGAUUUUUCGUUUUUGUCGCUCAUCUGGAGCUGAAAUUUAUGAUUUAGCAUGGUCACCUGAUGCGAUGUAUCUUUUAACAGGUUCAAUGGAUCAUGUAGCACGUAUUUAUAAUGUCAAUGAGGGCCAGUGCAUUCAGCAAUUAACUGAACAUACGCAUUAUAUUCAAGGUGUUGCAUGGGAUCCACUAAAUACGUAUUUAGCAACGACAGGAAGUGAUAGAACAGUACAAAUUUAUCGUAUAAAUACAACAUCUAAGUUUUCGGUGACAUUACAUGCUAGUUUAUCACGAAUGGAAUAUCCUACUGCAUUUGGAAUGUAUCAUAAUGAAGCGCUUUUGUCAUUUUUUAGGAGAUUAAAUUUCACUCCUGAUGGCAGUUUAUUGUUGGUGCCAGCUGGACAAUAUCGAUCUUCAAGUGAGUCGGAAGAAACACUUCAUACUGUUUAUAUUUAUACUCGGGCUGGAUUAAAUCGCUCUCCUAUAGCACAUUUAUCGGGACAUAAACGUCCAGCUAUUAUUGUUUCUUGUUCUCCAAAAUAUUAUACUUUAAGGAAUGUUGAAAAAAACGACAAACUGACCAAAACAUUACCAAUUGUGAAUAUAGCAUUACAGGAUGAUUCUGUUUCUAAUUCGGCUUCUAACUGUAUUUUGGAUACUUUUACUGAUACUUCUAAAUCUGUUUUUGAUAGAGUACCUUCUGCAUUUUCCUUGGCUUAUCGAAUGAUUUAUGCCGUUGCAACGCAAGAUACCAUUGUAUUAUAUGAUACACAACAGGUAAAUCCUAUUGGAAUGUUAAGUAAUUUUCAUUAUGCUACAUUAACUGACCUUGCAUGGUCUUUUGAUGGGAAUGCAUUGCUUAUAACGUCUACUGAUGGAUAUUGCUCAAUUGCUCUGUUUGAUGAGAAUGAACUUGGUGAAGAAUAUAUAGGUCCACUUUCUUCAUCCUGCUCCGAACAUUCUACUUUGCUAAAGGAUCCUUUGAAAGUUUUAAUUGAUAUACCUAAUUCAAUGACGAAUAUAUCUUCUCAACCUGUUAAAUUACAAUCUACUGAUAAAGACAAUAUAUCUUCGCAUAAUUUAGAAGAUCCUCUUUCGACAGCUGUAUCUAUUAAAGAAAAAAAGAGAAGGAUUGCGCCAACUCCUGUUCAAUUUUUUGAUAGGAAAUAA